CAGCAAUCUCAGAGCACAGUCUGAGCAUGUGAGUGUGUGAUUGAGAGAGAAAGAGAGAGAGAGAGAGAGUGUGUGUGUGUGUGUGUGAGAGAGAAAGAAAGUAAGUGUGUAUACGUGGUAAGAUGGCAUCGAGCUGGGGAGGCGUAGUGUCGGAACAGGCCGACUUGAUAUCGACUCGUCUCCGUCAGCUCAUGUCUUCUGGACUGCACUUUCUCCAUGAUGAGUUGGGGAUAGAUUUGGGUUUGAAGCCCGACCUUUACCCGACUUGGGUGAUUCUCUCUACGGCUCUGAUCGGCCCGGUUCUCCUGCUGGUGUUGGUCGCGGCCUGUGGCGGAGCUCGGCGCAGAAAGCAGGGAGCUGCUAGGAGUGAAAGCACCGCCACCGAGAGCGCAAAGGCCGCGCCGGUAAAAGCGCCCAAACCCGACGAGCCGAAGAAGAAAAACAAGAAGAAAGCUGCGGAAAAAAAGAACCAAUCAAAUGGCAGGACGGUCCCUGAGCCUCAAGAACAAGUUAAAGUCGUUAAGGAGUUCCCUAAACAAGCAGCACCACCAGCACCUCCACCAUCACCAGCACCUCCACCAUCACCAGCACCUCCACCACAAGCACCCGUCGACACUAAAGCCGAGAAAGCCAAGAAAAGUAAGAAGAAACCAAAACCAGAUUUGAAACCAACCCAAGCUGUUUCCUCUACAGACGGAAAGGAGCCUGAUGAAGGCGCUUGGGAGACUAAGAUCAGUAACCGAGAGAAGCGACAGCAACGCAAGAAGGAGAAGGGCUCUAAUGAUGAGUCGGGAAGCCCUGGUGGUGGUCAGCGUGUUGUUCAGCAAACAGAGCAGCCUGUAGUUCCAGCUCCAGUGCACAGCAAGAAGAAUAAAGAAUCUCUGAAAGUAAAGGCUGCGAAAGGUGAUGCCAAUGUGACACCAGUGCUGUCCACCUGGAAUAAUGUGAGCUCUGUGAACACUGGAGGAUGGACUGAUGUGUCCGUUAAGCUCCAGCCCCAGGUGAGCGCUUCAGACCGUGAGAAGUCAUCUGUUGGCAUUAAAACAUCUGGACACAGGACUUCGGAGCCAAUGGCCUGGGCUCAAGAAUCGGAGGCAGGGUCAUGGCCCAGCAUGGAUGGACGAAUUAAACCUGAAGUGAACCGAAUGAACUUCUCCAUGCUCGGAUUAAACAGACAAGCUGGUGUUCCGGUGACUCAACCUGCUGCUGAGCUGGGGAAUGGUCUCCCUAUUGCUGACGAGUGGUCUGGAUUCAGUAAGACAAACAAUUAUGGUCUUGGAGCAGUAGAUACAAGUUCAGACUGGAAUGCUCCAACUGAGCUGUGGGGGAACUGUGAUGAACCUAUGCCAGAAACACUUGCUGCACAAGAGACACCUGUUUCCCAGGUACCCGGGUUGCAGGAAUCUGAUGAUGACAAGGAUAAAGGAGAUGCUUCUGGAAGUGGCAAGGCCAAGAGAAAGAAGAAAAAGAAGAAGAAGCCAGAGGAUGAAAAUGCUGGCUCACAAGUGACACCUCAGAGUUCAACUGCAUCUGCAGAAAGUGGACACGUCAAGCCCCGUCCUCAUUUGCCAGUGGAGGAGCCGACCAAACAGAUCAUCACUCCACAGUCAGGACAGAAGAAAUCUGAUCAGAAUUUGGAACCGAUGAAGCAAGUUCAGAAGAAAAAGGCCAGGAGAGAAACAUGAACACCCUCCAUCUCUCUCUUAUGCAAAGGAUUGUCAAAAAAAAAAAUGUUUAUGCAAUAAUUUCAGAGUACGGAAUUUUAUACUGAUUUAAAUCUUCUGUGCUAUUUACAGAACAUCUUAAGUGAAUUGGGCCAAGUUGGCCAAAAAAAAAAAAAAAUUAAGAAUUACAUCAAACGGAGAACAAUUUAUGCACUAUGCUAGACUGAUGUCUUGUAAAGGAUUAUUGUACUUGAUAUCAUGCACGCUUUUAGUGCAGUGAAAGAUUAUAUAUGGUUUCCAACUCUUCUACUUUUGCGAUAUUAAUAGAAUUUGAACCAUUUGUUAAUAUCAUGGGGGAAAUUUUAGAAUUUUGAGGAUUUCUCCCCCCCCCCCCCCCCCUUUCCAUUUUGAAUUUAUAUCUCCUCUGGAACUUUUCUAUUGCUGAAUUGCAUUCAGGAGUAAUUGCAGUGUAGCAGUUAGUGUUAGACACCACUGAGAGACACUGUGCCACCAGAGCCAUCAUGAAGUACAUCAAAAGUUAUCAUCAGCAGCAGGAAGAGACUGGUAUAUUACUGUAUUUUGUCAUCUGGAUCUGAAACAAAAGGAGAGUACAGGUUACUACAGAGAUGUUUCUAACACUAAGAAUAUUCUCAGUGCUUUUUUUCCUGUAUUAAGUAUAUAUUUUCACAUAGAGAGGAACUGUACAGACCUUUUGAGAUACUUGCUUUAUCUUUUCUUGUUAACUGUUGAACCAAUUUAAUGCUCUUUGUUUCUCUUGCAACCUCUUCAGUAGAAAAAGCCAGGCCAUAUGUACAGAAUUAAUAAGGGCUUUUUUCUAUAAUUCUUUUUAAUUGCACUGUGCUAAAGGUUGUAAUAGUUUCUAUUUUCGUUAUUUUUCUGAUCUUCUUGAAAUGUGAAUGUUUAAUUCCUGUUUAAUUUUGUUUUGAUAUAUUGUGGUGGAUAGAGGGGGAAGUGAUUUUAUUUUAAUGGAGAGAGAGAGAGAGGGGAGAGAGAGAGAGAGAGAGAACCGGUAACAGCAGCUUUACCUCCAUUUCACUAUAAAUAGUAUCAGUAUCUGGAAUCUGUUGCCUUAAUCUUUGUUUUGUUGUUUUGUUUUUGUUUUUUUUUAAUGUAUGCAUCUAACCGUCUUUCAAAUUGAAGUCAUUUUGGAAAGAAUUGUAGAAGUAUUAUUUCCAGUUCAAUUGAUGUCAGAGCUGCACUUACUGUUGCACGAAUCCUGUUUUAAAUCUUUAUAAUAUUAAUCAAGUCAAUGUCCACAUUCUUUUUCCACUCAUACAAGUACUACUCUCAACAUAAAGGCUUUAAUGGAUGAGAAAUGUAUAUUGCUUUCGGUAGAUCUGAAAUAGUGAAUUUCAAUCUUCCUUUCUUUUCUUUUUUUCAGGCUUCAUGCCUUGAGAAUUUAAUUUAAAUGUGUCUAUAUGUGGAUUAACUGGGCGUUUGUCCAAUGUUCAUUUUUGUAAAUUGUGGUAGAUUUUGCUUACCUGAGGUACUCUGGUUUAGAAUCAGACUCCUGCCUUAGUUUUCCAUUAGAAAGGUGAUCAAACCAGUGUAUUUAUACCCGUCUUCAGAUUUUUGGAUCCGAGAAUGAUCAUGUUUACUGAAGUCGAUGCAAUAUUUCUAUGUUGAUUUGUUAAAGAAAUAAAACAUUUGAUCAUUGUUA